AUCUUAGCAACUAAUUAUACACAAGUCAUUAAUCAUUUGACUCAUAGUGAUUCCAUUUUGAGGAUAUGGCAUGUAUGCUGGCAUGUCUUCCAAAGCAUUUUCACCACAACCCAUAGGGAGCCUCAUUUUUUACACGGCUCUCUCUACAGGCAUAUUUUACAGAUAAUUUCAUGCUUUUUUCAAAUGUAUUAUUAAACAUUCAUGCAGAUAAUUCAGAUCAAUUGACUGUGUUGCCAAAAAAAUACAAUAUUGAAGCUGGUACAGUAUAUUUUUAUGAAACGCAGAUUAGCACAAAAUCAUAGCACAUUAAUGUAUUUUAGCAAUUUCUUUCCAAGAAAACAAUAAAGCCACUUACAGUACACCUUCAGAUAUAAAAUGAUCAGGAGUAAUAUAAAGAGAACUUGCUGCAGCACCUGGCUCAGUUGAAUGAGAGCACACGCCACUCUGGGAUGGGAGGAGAACAAUAUUUACAAUAAUAAUAUGUUACAUUAUUUCUGUUAUUCUAUUACAAAUCAGUCACAUCUACCUGAUGUUUACACUGUGUUGUAGCUGAGGGGUUUCCAGGCAAAUUUCUGACAGUAGAACAGAGUCUGCAUGGAGGAGAAAUAACGAUCAUAAGGAUUUAGUUAUAUUUUCAAUUAUAACCUGAAAUUAAAAAGUUGACAACUCACUCCGCAUUUGAGAGAGGUUUGCAGGUCUCUGCACCUGUAUGUUGUCAGGGUGCAGGGGUCUAGGGAAAAAAACACGUUUACAAUUGGUAAGGUGCAUUUGGUUAAACAAAAAUGUGAGUUUCGUGGUUAUUAUUUGUGUUGUAACAAAAAGCGUUGGAGUGACCUGCUUUUAAUAAGAUUCUACAAUAAUAAGAAUAACUAAGGUGUUGUGAGUAUGCAAGGACGUCGUAGGCAUGACUGACCAAUGAGAGGACCCUCUUGAUUCUGGCACAGGUGGAUGAGGGUGCAGAUGGCCCGAGGGGUUGCGUAGCUCAGGAUGGCGUCCAUCACCGUCUUGCUGAACCUGCCAAUAAACACCUCACACUGACUGCGGUAGGAGGCGGGGAGAAUGUGACAAAUGUCCUCCAUCAGCUUCACCACAGCCUCCUGCAACAACAGUAAACAAGGCAAGGGAGUUCCUACGUGGACACUUUAUUAGAGCUGUUCAACCAAAAGUAUCGGGUCACAACGGAGUAUUCAGUCAGAGCAAGACCAACCCCCUUUCAAGACAGUCCGUGAGAGUAUUGCACUUUUCCUGCAGCAUCACAGGAAGCCCUCCUUGUGAAUUGUUAUGGCGACCUGGUGGUGAUAAGAAUAGACGUUUUUAUUUCAUCAUGGAAACAACAAGGAACAAGGAAGUUGGCUGUUUACGGACAAGAGAUUCACCUAGCGGGGCAGUCCGAGGGCGAGGCCUCCACAGGACGCCAAAUAAAAACAGGCGCACCGCAAGGCAGCCUUGUCACCAUUUAGAGACUUCUAACAGAAAUGCGUCCUUCUGUUCUCCUCAUGCUGGGCAUCUGCCUGGUCCCUGCACACUUGAAACCAGCAGAACAUCUCGAUAGCCCUUUCCUUCAACGGUGCUUUGAGGAAGCCAAACAGAUUGUUGAUGAUGCCUACACGUACUCCAGAGCAGAGAGUCUUAGGAGGGUGCGGAAGGAUGUGGUGAGUCCUCAUGAUGCUCUACGCCUGCUGAAGCAGCCUCGAGGAGAGACGCGCUCCUCUGUGAGGGCCGCCGACUACAUGGAGCAGACUCUGCGCCUCGUGCAGGAGAGGAUGCACCGCAUCCACAAGCGCUCCCUCAAUGCAACUGAUUUGCUGUCUGCGGAGGAUCUGGAGAGGCUAAGCAUGAUAACAGGAUGUGCCGGUCAAGUCAGGCCUCCGCCCUGUAGUAGCACGCAAAACCUCGACACCUAUCGCACAGCGACAAGCGUCUGCAACAACCGAAAUAAACCCCGACUGGGAGCUUCUAACACCCCCUUUGCCCGCUGGCUGCCUGCGGAAUACGACGACGGCAUCUCACUACCCAAAGGGGGGCAACCUAACCGAACCUUCAACAACUUCAUGCUUCCACUGGUUCGACAGGUGUCCAAUAACAUCCUCAGCACCACGGAUGCGGGCGUGGUCAGUGACAGGGAGUUCUCUCACAUGGUGACGUUGUUCGGUCAGUGGAACGACCAUGACCUCACCUUCACGCCCUUCUCGCCCAGCAUCCGCUCCUUCAGCAAUGGGGUCAACUGCGAUGAGAGCUGUGAGCGCACCGAGCCAUGCAUCCCCAUCGCGAUUCCUCCAGGUGACCCACGCUUGCCUACAGGCCCCGACAGCUGUAUACCCUCGUUUAGAUCCGCCCCUGUUUGCGGGACGGGGUUCUCAGCCUACAAUUUCGGAGGGGAGCCCAAUAAGCGCGAGCAGAUCAACGCCCUGACGGCCUUCCUGGAUCUGGGCCAGGUGUAUGGAUCCGAGGAGAAGCUCGCCCUCAGCCUCCGCGACCUCAACAGCGAAGGCCUUCUGCGAAUCAAUUCUGAGUUUCGAGACAACGGGCGGGAGCUGUUGCCCUUUCACCCUCUGCAGGUCAACAUGUGUGCUACCCGCAGACGGGUCACCAAUGACACCAAUGCCAGAGAGGUUCCUUGUUUCAUUGCAGGUGACGUCCGUGUGGAUGAGAACGUUGCUCUGACUUCGAUUCACACUUUAUUCAUGCGUGAACACAACCGUCUGGCCCGUCAACUGAAGAGACUGAACCCGCAGUGGGACAGCGAGACGCUCUACCAGGAGGCCCGCAAGAUCAUGGGUGCUUAUACACAGGUAUUUGUGUUCCGUGACUACCUGCCGCACAUCGUGGGCGAUGAUGCCAUGCGCAGACAGCUGGGACCUUACCCGGGUUACGACCCUAAUGUGGACCCCAGAAUCGCCAACGUCUUUGCCACGGCUGCCUAUCGCUUCGCUCACUUGGCCAUUCAGCCCGUCUUAGCCCGCCUGGGUCCAAACUACAGAGAGGACCGUCAGUUCCCCAGUGUGCCCUUGUUCAAGGCCUUCUUCACUCCCUGGAGAAUCAUAUUUGAGGGUGGCAUUGACUCGCUGCUGCGUGGUUUGGUGGGUCGACCUGCCAAACUGAACACUCAGGACCACAUGAUGGUAGAUGCUCUGAGGGAGAGGCUCUUCCAGUUUGUGCAGCAUCUUGCCUUGGACCUGGGAUCCCUCAACAUGCAGAGGGGGCGUGACCACGGUUUACCCGGAUACAAUGCAUGGCGCAGGUUCUGUGGCUUGUCCCAGCCCAGGAACCAAGCCCAGCUGGCCCAGGUCUUGAACAACAGUAAUCUGGCUCGUAGGCUGCUUCAACUCUACGGGACACCUGACAACAUUGACGUCUGGUUGGGUGGCGUAGCCGAGCCCUUCGUCCGCGGUGGACGUGUGGGUCCUCUGUUUGCCUGCCUCAUUGCAACCCAGUUCCAGAGGAUUCGCCAGGGUGACAGGUUGUGGUACGAGAACCCGGGCGUCUUCACUGCGAGACAGCGAGCCGCCCUCUCCACGGCCACGCUGUCCAGGAUCAUUUGCGACAACACAGGAAUCACGUCCAUCCCCAGAGACGCCUUCAGCGUUCUAUCCAGGCAGAACCUGCUGGUCCGCUGCUCCAAUCUGCGGCGUUUCAAUCUGGGAGCAUGGAGAGAGAGGAGCUGCACCGAUUUCUUAGAAACCGGUAGCUGUCCUGGAGACAAAGAUGAAGAGCCCACAUUUCAGGACCAGGAUUUGCUCAAUGAUGAACAGGAUAAUGAGAUCCCAGACAGCCACUUGGCUUGAGAGGCCACACUCCAGCAUCAACAGUCUGCCUUUGCCACUAAUACAAUCUGCCAUCAUCUAUGGUCUUUCCUUGCAUCCUUCUUUCUCUGCGAUAAAUUUGUAGCUUCUGGCAUGGAGUUCAAUGCUCAGUUUUGUGUGAAACAUGUUAUCUUCGCCAACUGACACCGCAGCUUUUUCUUCCCUCUCCUCCAUCAAAUGUGAACUCCAGCGGCAGACUGCUGCACGCAGCAACAUUCGUAAAACUCUUUUUUGUUACAGCUGCUCGUCAUAUUUGUUGUUUACCAGUAUUAUGAUGAUUAUUUAUGUAGUGUUGAUAUGUGGGCGUGCCUUCAGAGUAUUGUGUUUGUUUGUUUGUUUGUUUUUGCAAAGUAUCGUUUUAUUGCAUCCUUCUCAUAUGCCAUCAAUAAAAGUGAA